CGCACUUAGCUUUGUUCCUCUGGCCUGUGCUUGCCCAGACAGAAAGGGGCCCCUCAGCCUCGGGUGCAAAACUGUCACCUUGGACUUGAGGCUCGGCAGUGGCAUCAAACAAAGACGUGGAGGGGGAGGAAAGAGGGUCAAACCUCUUCGGUAGCCGCCCUUGUGUGGGAGGGAGUCGAGAUCCUGGCCAGGUGUGAUGGAAAUCAGAUAACAGAAGUAAAAGGGAAAUGCCCAACUCUGGGAAGCAAGGGCAUUGAGGGUGAAGUGACUUGCCCAGGGUCACACAACUGGGGGCUCUGCAGUGUUCUGAAGUUUGAUGGGACCAGCACAAUGUCAUCUACCAACAGAAGCACCUCCAGGACCUCACUAUUUAAAGAGAAUUCCUCUUCCAUUUAAACUUUGUACUGGACAUCCUCCAUGGACAGUGGUAAACAUCUUUGGUGUAGGCUGCCAGAUGUCACAGGUUGGAAACCUCAGUGACCACCCAGGCCCUUGUGGCCAGAUGCCCAAUGAGUAGCUUCUGCUGGCCAAAAGCCUUUGCACAGUCCUGCGCUCUCAGACAUGGCCACACAUGAUGAUUUCACUACAGCCAAGUUCCGGGUUCCUGUAGCAAUAUACUGUGGCAGCAUCCCCCGAUCCAGCGCCAGAUCUGGCUUCCCCAAUGGAAGCAUCAACGCAAGCCUGCAGGACUAUGGAGGCCGAUGGACAGGAGAAGCCUCUCCCCAGUCCAUGCUGAAAGUCCAGAUGGAGAAGCAGUCACCGGUGUGGGGCAGAAAUGGAGACCUGACCAGCCUCAAGGCCAGUCUUGCCUCCAAGGGCUGGCAGUCCAGGAACGGCCAUGCAAAGACGGUAGAGGGUCUCUCUCCAGGGCCCCACCCUCUCCUGCCUGCCACUGUCCGGGAGAUGGAGGCUAGUAGCGCAGCCCUGGAGACCACCCAAAUCAAGGACAAGCUAAAGAAGAGGAGACUCUCUGAGGGACUGUCUGUUUCUCCCCGAGCCUUCUUGGAUCCUGGAGGAGUUACUAAGGGUACUUCCUUGAAGAGUGCCAUCCCCCGAUCCACCGCUCAGAGACUACUGAUGGCUUCCCGGCCCAUGCCUCCCAUCCAGAGCAUUCCCACCACCCCAGAGAUCAAAGGGUCCCUGGAGAAUGGCCCCAGCACACAGGGGAAUACCAAGGCCCAGCCAAAGGCAACUCCAGCCACACAAGAGGUACAGAUAUCCCUUCAGUACCUGCAUUGCAAGGAUGAGAAGAUGAGGAGAUCUCUGGGAAGCUCCCUGAUCCCUUCCAUCUUGAAGACCGGGCAGCCAGCAGAGACCAAGUCAGUAACAUUGCCAGCUGUCGUUAGCAAUCCUAAUUCCCUACCUCCAGGCCAAGAUAUCCUCACCAUCCAGGAGGUCCCUGGAUUAAGAUUGGCGCAGCAGAACAGUCCCCGGGAGAGGAGCCCCAAGUCUGUGGAAGCAAGGCCAAUGGUCCCUGCUGUCCGAGCCAGGCCAGCUGAUGGCACAAAGUCUGACGUCCAUUCCUCAAAGACUGCAUCUCCAUUGACAACCCUCUCCUUCAGCCACACCAACAAAGAUGAAUGGACUAGGACCCAGCAAUUGCUGAAAGAACGGGACCAACCAGAAAGCAGCUCCAGGAUCCAGGUGACCAUUGCCAAGUCAGCCCAGGAGAAGAUGCGUCUGAAGCAAAUGAAAGAGAUGGAGUUAUUCCGGCGGGGCAGGGAGCAAGGGGAGAAGCAGAGAGACAGAGACUUUCUGUCUCAGAGUCUGAGCUCCAGAAGCAUGAUAAAGGAAGGGUUCAUUCCCCUCCACAGUGGUGGAUCUCUGUCUGUUUCCUCCAAGUUGGGAAGCCCAUGCAGAACCAGCCUUGGCAUCAUCCUGAAGAAACGAGCUAACCGUUCCUCGCUGCCCAGUAUCCCUGUCACCAGCCAGGGACCCCGCUUUACCCGCCAUGCCUCAGCUAAUUCCUUGCCUGCAGUGUUCACAGUGGGUUCUCCAGAAUGGGAGGAGGAAGAACAGCUAGACAACAACUCCAAAGAUCUGAGGCCCCUCUCAAACCCAGAACUAGUCCUGAUGAAUGCCCUCCAAUGGCUUGAGAGUAGUGAUUGGCAGACGAAACAGAAAGGGCUGGUGAGCAUCAGACGCCUGGCGACCUGUCACUCUGAGGUCCUUGCAGACAGAUUGCAUGAUGUUUCCUUGGCAGUGAUAAGGGAGGUCACCAACCUCCGUUCCAAGGUGUCCCGCUUGGCCAUCAGCACCUUGGGAGACCUCUUUCGUACCAUGAAGAAGAACAUGGACCCCGAGGCUGAGGAAGUUGCCCGCUGUUUGCUCCAGAAGAUGGGGGAUACUAGUGAAUUCAUCCAAAGAGCUGCUGACCGGUCUCUGGGAGCCAUGGUAGAAAAUGUGACUCCUUCCAAAUCCCUGGCAGCUCUCACAACGGGGGGUGUACACCAUAGAAACCCACUGGUCCGAAAAUGCACUGCUGAGCACCUAUGCAAUGUGUUAGAGCAGAUCGGGGCUGAGAAACUGCUGUCGGGGACGAGGGACAGUACUGACACACUGAUUCGAACGUUGGUAAAGCUUGCCCAGGACUCCAAUAAAGACACAAGGAUUUGUGGCCGGAAGAUGAUCAACACCUUGAUGGCAAAUGCAAGGUUUGAUGCAUUCCUGAAGCACUCCCUCCCAUCUCAUGACCUGCGUGAUGUGUUGGCAACCAUUAAACAAAAGGGAGUUGAAGAAAACACAGAGCCUCCACCUAUCAAGGGCCGCAAGAUGAAGAACACAAUAAACCCUGAAGAAGUCCGGUCUAGUGAACAAGGGUGCAGCUCAGAAAGUGAGCAGGUGGUAGUCCAUCGCACCACCACACGUAACGCAGAGAUGUCUGAGCAGCUGAAGGAGCUGAACUCCCUGCUGCAAUCCAAGGAGUACCGGAUCCGAAUGGAAGGCAUCACACUCCUCCUCGUCCACUGCAAGAACAACCAAAAUUUCAUCACCACCAACCUAACACAGAUCUUCGAUGCAUUCAUCCCAAGGCUCCAGGAUCCCAACAAGAAAGUGAACCAGUGCGCCCUCGAGACCUUUACGGAAAUGAUCCCUUACCUCAAAGAGAACUUACACCCGGUGCUGGUCUCCGUGGUCACUGCAGUCUCAGAUAACCUCAACUCCAAGAGUUCUGCCAUUUAUGGUGCUGCUGUAAUGGCUCUGGAUGCCAUGAUAGAGAACAUAGACAACUUUUCCCUGCUACAAGCAUUUGCAGGGCGGCUUUGUUUCCUGACUGGCAGAGCAAUGUGUGACAUCACGCAGCGUCUAUCAGUGCUGGUGACUUCGGUGUACCCCCGGAAGCCUCAGGGUGUGGAACGACACGUCCUCCCAGUUCUCUGGUACUUCCUGAACAACAUGAUUGGGAACGGGGUCCUGCCCGGGCAUAGCGGCAACGUCCGCACUGUGGUGUGUCAGCUGACCAAGAGCCUCUAUGAGCAAAUGGGCACCCGACUGCGGGACUGUGCUGCUGGACAGCCAAAGCAAGUCAGCAAGAUGCUCCAGGAAAUCUUGGACUCAAACUUUCAGUGAGACAGAGAAGGGACAAGGACUGGGGGCCGGGGGAGGGACAAAAGGGGUGCUGCCCCCCACUUUGAGACCAUUGGCAGCUCAAGAACUUUCAGCUGGAUAAAACAUGCAUCUGAGAUGGGCAAUUAAUUUUUUUAACUCAUUUUUUUUCUAAUGGAAGAAGUUACUGGUAGAAUAGGCCUCUAGCGCUUCAGAUGUAUAUAGUUUAUUUUGAGGUAGAAUUAAAAAAAACACCUAUUUUUCUAAGGUUUUUUUUUUCUUGCACUCUUUUAUCCCCAGAGAACUUUACACAGGUAUUUUUGUAAAAACACACACAUGCACACACACACACACACACACAAACACAAACAAAGAAUCAAACACAAUCAAUUGUGAGUUAUUCUAUGAUGGUGUUAAAAAGGAAAGAAAAGGCAGGACAUUAUUUAUAUAUGUUAUAGUCUAUAGUCUGCUCACUUUCAGAUAGACAAACCCAUCUGUGAAUACUCAGAUUACUUCUACUCAAAUGGGUAGAGCUGUUUAGAGAUGUCUAUAGCCAUUAGGGACUGUUAGGUCCAAUUUGAGAUAAGCCGAAUAAAUAGAUGGGGCCAAUGGGGAUUAGUUCUUUUGCCCUUUGUAUUCAUCUAAGUAAAAUCCUUAAGGUCUGAAGAAUCCCACUAUGGACUCAUUGUUUUGUGGAUUGGGUUUUUUUCUUCUCAUAAAUUAGAGCUAACAAUAUUUGCAUCAUUAUAGACCAAUUUCAGAGUGUUUCUGAGGGGUUUGGGGUUCUUUGGGGAGCAGGUUUUGAGUAACCCUAAAUGAUGUCCCACAUUUAGUCAGGGUUCUACUGGUCAUUCUCUUGCAUGACUAUAUAGGUUUUUAUUUUAUGAAAUAUAGCACGGGAUUGGGAAGGAAUAAAGGAGGAAAGUUAGGUCCCAGAUGCAAAGAACUAGUAUUUGUUGAUCUCUGAGGGAGCAAGAGAAUGAGAACCCUAAUCUCAGGAAGAGAAUGUCUAGGGACUGUAUGGAUCAGUGGUAAUUUGACAGAAUUGGGCCAGGGAGAGAGUUAACUUGAGGCUAUUGGCCUGAUAUACUGGAAAGGCAGAACCUAGAAAGACAAAGAUUGCUGUGCCAAUCCAUUCAUCGUCCCACAAGAAGUUGGCACCUAUGGAAAUUGGGUGUCAGGGUGCUCCAUUCCUCACUGCAAACUCAGGGCCUUUUCCAGUCUCUCUGGCCUCAGGGUUUGAGGUAGGCUCAGGAAGACCCCACUUAUGUCAACCAACUCCAGGCUGGGGGCAGCUUCUGGCUGGUUCCGGGUUGCACACAAGGGGUUUUGAGGUCUGAAGAGAAUUCAGGCUUGGGAUUUGACCUGCCCAGCCAGAAUUCCUUAGAGCACUCCAGAAAUUCCAUAACCUACUCACUACCUGUAAAUCUUCAGGUUUUACCCAGGGCUGCAUAGGGAUUCUCUCCAGCCCCAGGCGAAUGUUUGUGAUGAUAUUAGGAUGUUUUGAAGCUUAUUUGUUUGGGGUAGGCAUCUGUGUGUGUCCCCAGACAGGACCUCAGGUUAGUUGCCUUUCAGCUGAGGGCAGGGUAGCAGGAUACUUCCAGGAGCAACCCAUUAGCUGUUGUUCCAGCUCCAAUUGAGUCAGGGCAGGUGGAGCCGGAAGCCUGAAUAGCGCCCCCAAAGGCACCAAGAGCUUACUCUGCCACUUAUUUAUUUUUCUACCCAUAGAGAAUGCGCUCAUCUGACUGGUUGUCUGAUUAGCUGCGUAUGUUUGCUUAAAUUCUAAGCUACCUUCCAGGUUUCCCUCACUUUUGAUUGGGACAUAGUAGAUAGAGUGCUGGACUCGUAGCCCGGAAGACCUGGAUUCAGAUCUUAUUUCUGACUCUUACUAACUGUGUAAGCCAUCACCUCUCAACUCUAGGCAGCUGAGACCAAGUUAUUGUUGUGACAUGCAUCAGUGACCGAUAGAAUUAUAGUCCUUGACUUUGGAGGGAAAAAUCCUUUCCAUCAUGGAAGUCGGCUCUUUUUUUUGGGGGGGUGCACCUUGAGGUUAGAUAAACUUUGUCUCUUUCCUCCUCUUCUCACUCCAACACUGUAAGAGUGGAAGAACUGAGGGGCAGCUAGGUGGCGCAGUCGAUAGAGCACCAGCCCUGGAUUCAGGAGGACCUGAGCUCAAAUCUGGCCUCAG